UUUUCAUUCAACACAAAUUGGAUAUUUAAAAUUGGUGCAUUGGAUUUUUAAAAUUGGUUCUUCUAAACCGGUUUUUUUGCACACCCCUAGAUAUAUUUGUAAAAACUUAAAAUAGGGCUAUACGGUACGGGACUAGCUCUCAUCAGGCACCCGCCCCAGAAUACGUCGCCUAGGUAUGAUCCCCACUCAAUAGGUGGCUCGCCUUGAGGGGAAACGUGAAUGGUAACAUGUACAUAGUCCAUAACCAAGUGUGAAAGAAGUCAUGUCCAUAAUUCUAUAAGUAGGCAGUCAACAGGUUCCCUAGUUAAGGUCGAGCGAUUACUACUUCUCAGGAUUCCCCAAAUCCAGGCCCAUAUGCCUCUAUAAAUAUCUCAUCCUUAAGGUUGAGAGGACAACCAAUUAUUCACCGAAAAUACCCCAAAUACAGAGUUUCUCAUCCUCGUGAGUUUGCUCUAACCUCACAGAAAACACCUCCAAAAUAGGGCUUCUCACCACUGUGUUCCUUUAUGAUUAGUUUCCAGAUUUACCUUUUGCAUAUGUUGUUUUUCAUGUUUGUUUCCAUUUGCUCUAGUGUUGUUCAAAUACUGUGUACACUAGAGGUUGUUUUAAGUUUUAGGCUAAAUUACCUCUAGGGUACUUUAACUUAUUUAAAUGUAACAACUUGGUCCUUUAUGUUAUUUUUGCUCCACAAUGGUCCUUUAAGUUACCUAACACUAUCAACGUUGCCCUUGGUCAAAGGUUCCGUCCCAAAAAUGAUGAUUUGUCACUAACGGUGCUGAGCUGUCCGUUAAGGUAUGCUGACUGAAUAUAUCAUAUUGUUUAUUUAAUUUGUGAAAAAAAAUUCCUACAAAUCGUGAACCCUAAGCUUUCUGGGUUUACAUUUCCAUCUCAUUCCCAAAAUCGUGAACCCUAAUUUUUUUCUCCUCUCCGUCAAUGGCCCAAUUCGGUAGCAGCGCAACAAAUCGUAGAGCUGAGAACUCAAUUUCGUUAAUAUCGAGUGCGUCUCAAUCUGGAAUUGAACAGUUAUGUUUGUGUGGAUCCAAAGCAGCGAUAAGAUCAGUUAAGAAGAAAGGAAGAAACUUGGGGAAGCUAUUUUGGGGAUGCAGAUACUUUAAGAGUGAAGAUGAUAAUCCUGGUUGCAAUUUUUUUCUGUGGUAUGAAAAUCAACAUAGUGAUGAAGGCAAACAAGAGAUACAACACGCUGCAUUAUCAAGGUGUUCUAAAUGUGACGAAAAGGAUUUACAACUCAAGAUGCUUAGGAGGGAUGACAACUACAACAAGGAUAUCAUGAAGAACAUUUUGAAGAUGAUGAAGAUGCUAUUUUAUGUCAUAAUCUGUUUAGUUUUGAUUGUUGUAGUGUUGAUUUGUAUGUUGUUUAAGGAGUGGUGAUCAUAGUUAAUGUUAAUGUUAUGGUUGUAACAAGUAGUUUUUGGCCCCUUGAUGUAAUAUUUUAUGACAAUUGGAGUUUAAUGCUAUCUUCUUGAUCUGUGUUGCAUAUUCCAGUUUUGAUACUGCAAUUUACUA